GGCGCGGGCCCCGGGGACAGGGUGGGGAAGUUUCCGGGCUCUCGGAGGUUAAAAGGGAAGGCCUGGCCAGGGGUCCCUGGGCAGAGGAUCCAGCCGCCCGCCCGACAAGCAGAAGCGCUUCUGGGUCACCACCUCCUUCUUGUCCGCGACAACCAGCCCAGGUCCAGGCCAUGAGACCCCAGCACCUUCACCUCCCAGCCGCCUCGGGCGCCCGGGUCCCGGCCAAGCUGCUGCUGCCGCUGCUGAUGGCGCAAUUUUGGGCUGCAGAGGCGGUGUCCCCCCAAAACGCCACGGCCUUGGACCUCGAGGUCUCUGGCGCCCCUUGCGCGCGCGGCUCGCAGCCCUGGCAGGUCUCCCUGUUCAACGGCCUCUCGUUCCACUGCGCGGGGGUCCUGGUGGACAAGAGCUGGGUGCUCACGGCCGCGCACUGCGGAAAUAACAAGCAGCUGUGGGCCCGCGUUGGGGAUGACCACCUGCUGCUUCUCCAGGGUGAGCAGCUCCGCAGAACCACUCGCUUUGUCGUGCACCCCAAGUACCACCACGGCUCGGGCCCCAUCCUGCCGAGACGCACGGAUGACCACGACCUCAUGCUGCUGAAGCUGGCCAGGCCGGCCGUGCUCGGGUCACGCAUCCAGACCCUGCGCCUGCCCUACCGCUGCGCCCAGCCUGGAGACCAGUGCCAGGUGGCUGGCUGGGGCACCACGGCCCACCGAAGAGUGAAAUACAACAAGGGCCUGAGCUGCUCCCGGGUCAGCAUCCUGAGCCCCAGGGAGUGUGAGGUCUUCUACCCCGGCGUCCUCACCAACAACAUGCUGUGCGCGGGACUGGACCAGGGCCAGGACCCCUGCCAGAGCGACUCCGGCGGCCCCCUGGUCUGCGAUGAGACCCUGCAGGGCGUCCUGUCCUGGGGCGUUUACCCCUGCGGCUCCGCUCAGCACCCAGCCGUCUACACGCAGAUCUGCAGAUACACUUCCUGGAUCGAGAAGACCAUCCGCUCCAACUGACCCCGCGACUCCUUCCCCAUCUCACAUCCUUCCUUGUACAGUCGCCGGACCUCCCCUCCCUCGCCCCAUCCAGAGCUCCGCCACCCGUCCUUACCAGCCAGCACCUCUCCUCUCGCCUCCUCCUCCUCCUCCUCCUGCCCCCUGGAGUGCAGGACGCGGGAGCCCGAGAGAGGCCGGGAAGCCAGUCCCUGAGAGAAGCUAUCGGCCACCCAGCCUGGCUUCCUCGGCCGUUCUCUGCUGGGUGACCCUUGGGGAAGCCAGAAACCUCUCUGGGCUUCCGUUUCCACCUGGAAAACGAAGAAAAAGAAGUGCCUACCUCGUAGACGUGUUGUGAGCAAACCAUGAUAAAGCGUGUGUAUGUGUGUAGAUCAGUGGUUCUCAGCCUUCCUGAUGCCGAGACCCUUUAAUACAGCUCCUCAUGUUGUGGGGACCCCCA